AUGUCGCGAAUCGUUAUCGACUGCAAGGGGCACAUCCUGGGGCGCCUUUCCGCCAUUGUUGCUAAGGAGCUUUUGCACGGGCACGAGGUUGCCCUCGUCCGCUGCGAGAAGGCGAUCAUUAGCGGUGCGUUCCGAGAUGUCAAGGCACACUACCUCAAGAAGAUGCACAAGCGCACAAACUUCAACCAUCUCCGUGGCCCCUUCCACUUUCGCGCGCCCGCCGAGAUUGUGCGCAGAACGAUUAGGGGCAUGAUUCCGUACAAGACGGUUCGUGGCAGCGACGCCAUGAGCCGCCUCCGUGUCUACGACGGGAUCCCUCCCUGCUGUGCGAGGUACAAGCGCGUGGUCUGCCCGUCAGCGAUGGCGUACCUUUGCUUGAGGCCUGAGCGCAGAAGGUGUGAGGUCGGCCGAGUGGCCCAUGAGAUCGGCUGGCAGCACGCAGCAGACGUAGAGAGGUACGAGAAGAGGAGGCUGGAAGAGUGCGACAAGUGGUACCAGGACAAGAUCCAAAUUGACAAGAAGAUCGCUGAGGCAGCCGAGAAGGACGCCGAGCUCCAGAGGAUCAAUGCGGAGCUCGCCAAGUAUGGUUACUAG